AUGUCUUCCAAAGUUGUUUACCGUUCAAAAACUGAACAUUACCUCAAAGUAAAGAAACCAUUGAUAGAACGUCAACGUCGUGCACGUAUGAAUAAAUGCCUGGAUACUCUAAAGACACUUGUAGCAGAAUUCCAAGCUGAUGACGCGAUAUUGCGUAUGGACAAAGCUGAAAUGUUGGAGACAGCGAUCACUUUUAUGCGUAGUCAAACUAUACAAAAACCACAAAACGUUACAACUACACCAUCAAUGGACGGCUAUUGCAAUGGUUAUAUGAAUGCGGUUAAUGAAGUUUCCCGAUUUAUGGCAGCUACUCCUGGCAUGAAUGUGCAAAUUGGCAAAACUGUUAUGACUCAACUUGGCUUUGAGUUUAAACGUUUACAACAGAACAAGUCACAACUUACAGCCGUUUGCAGUUCAAGACCUGUCAGUCCAGCUUCUUCAGGUUAUCAUAGCGAUUGCGAUGAGAGCUCAAUGUCAACUCCGGUAGAAAAACCUAUUUGGCGUCCCUGGUAAAUGCAGUUUUUUGGGCAACUUAUAUGAAACAUUGCUGUGAUGUAAAGA